UUGAAGCAGGGACCAGACUCUCGCGGCUUCUCUCAUUUCCCUCCUUUCUGAGUCCCUUUUACCUUUACAAGGCAUGUUGAGUGGUAGCCGUAGCAGUUGGCGGCUAUCCUCAAGAUGCCUUGGACGCAAACAGCCCACGGCAGCUAGGCAUCUGCCCUUGGUCCGCUUUCAAAGUUCGGGCCCUGAAGAUUCUACAAUCUCUCCUCUCCUACUACAACGUGCUCGCUCUAUAGCUGCCGAACAAAAGCGACUCACCCAGGAAAACGCUCUGAACUACAAUGUUACUGUCGCAAGAAAGAUUGGCGAACUCGGACCUGUUGCAUCCGCCCUCAAAGAUUGGGAAGAUGCAACCAACUCACUCGAAGAAUUGGCAACUCUUCUCAGAGAUCCCGCCUCCGAUGCUGAAAUCCGCACCUUAGCACAAGACGAGAUCAACUCCACAAAGGCCAUUAUACCUUCGCUGGAAUCACAGCUGAAAAACUCACUCGUCCCUCCUCAUCCUUUUGCCAACAUGCCCGCUAUGAUUGAAUUCCAUCCGGGCGCCGGAGGCAGUGAGGCCGCCAUUUUUGCAAACAACCUCUUGGAGAUGUACAGAGCAUUUUGUGCUCGCAAAGGCUGGCCCAAUGUCCUUGAGUCAUACAGCGCAGAUGACUCAGCCGGCGAAAGAGCCCUGUCAGACGCUCUUCUCGAAGUCAACCACUCAGGGAGCUACGACGUUCUGCGAGCCGAAGCAGGUGUUCAUCGUGUCCAGCGGGUCCCGGCAACUGAGAAGAAAGGGCGCACUCAUACCUCGGCUGUUUCAAUACUCGUCCUCCCCAUUUUGCCAGAGACUGGAGCCGAGAACGAAUUGAACUAUGAAGACCCCAAUUCCGACUACUACAUUUCUCCUAGCGACGUACGAUCCGAAACAAUGCGAGCCCGUGGCGCCGGAGGUCAACAUGUCAACAAAACUGACUCCGCCAUCCGCCUCACCCACAUUCCUACUGGAAUUGUCGUUGCCAUGCAAGACUCACGGUCCCAACACAAGAAUCGCGCAAAAGCUUGGCAGAUUCUUCGCGCCAAACUGGCACAGAAGAAGCGCGAAGAACGAGAAGCCGAAGUGAUCGCGGUCCGACGAGCCGCCAUGGGUGGCGUGGGGAAGAUGGGUCGAGAGGACAAGAUUCGCACCUACAAUUACUCUCAGAACAGAGUUACGGACCAUCGAAGUGGCAAGGAGACCUUAGCAUUAGAUGACGUUCUCGCUGGAGGUCAAGCGCUCGAAGAUAUCAUGGACUCGGUCCGUGAGUGGAUGGGUGAAAAUGAGAUUCGAGGAAUGAUUGCUGAAGAGGAGGCCAAGAAGAAGAAGGCCACGACAGACGGCAGUAAAUAGAGGGUGGCAGAAUAUCACGGCACGCAAAGAGACACAAUGCGUGGGUAGCUGUGGAUUGUAUGAAUACAAUCAACACAUGACGACAACAACAUUGUACAGCCAACCACUGAGUACCUCUUUUCAUGAACCUUCCCUUGGGUCUUCGUUCCAAUAGAAUGUAUCCCUUGCUUCCUGCGUCCACCGACCAGAGUCCAUGAUGAGGUUAAAAUUUGUGGAUGAGUAAAGCGAGCAAGGAACACGAG